CUACUCUGGCAUUGCAGUCUAAAGCGGUACCCUCCUUGCAGCGGCUUCCUUUGAACUCUACUUCCAACCUUCCUUCUGAUCGAUCAGUACCCAUUACACGCAUGGCACGUCCCACAGUCCCUACUAUCAACGGCCCCGCUCCCAAACCUCCAAACACGAACUCUGUUAAUCUAGCCAAUGGAACCCGCGUGGCUUCAGUAGCAGAAGUCUCACCACUCACCAAAAACGCAACAGCGAUAUCUAGGGUGCCUGCGAAGGUACCACCGCCUGUCCCAAAAGUCACAACAGCUGCAGGACCAAAGAUCUUAUCGCGUGCACAACCUGCUAUCAAUCCGGUUGAAACUAAUUUCAACACAACAAACGUUACAACUAUGAAACGUUUUACAACAAAGAAUCCUGUGAUCGCAUCGACCACCACGAAGACCACCAAGAUCACCCCAAUCACAAUGAAGACCACAACUACAACACCUAUUACUUCUGCAUCUACUAAAACUACUACCAAGCCUGUUCAACAUCAUGAUGAUGAAUCAAUUUCUUUGCUAAGCGGACUUUGAGCCGGUGACUUGGAUUGGGAUUUAGACGAUUGAUUAAUAAUGGUGAAAGCUUAGAAUAUCUCUAAUAAUAUAGUUUUAUCUCUUUCUGUAUCACUAGACAAUUUAUACUGUGCUUUCUUUACGACUCUUUAAAUAUGUAAUUCAACAUGCUUUUAUCACCACUGAGCCUUUGUCACAUCUACAUUUAACUCAACAAGUGCACCGGGCUGUAUACUUCAAUAUAUUGCUAGAAUUUUCUGAACAUCUAGUUUUCCUUUGUCCUGUUCAUUUACGAUGGGUAUGAAGUCUUUAAUAUAAUGCUUUAAUUCAGUUUAGG